CAGAGCCACCUCUGGGACCACCCGCUGCAGUUUGAUUCUAAACAGCCUGCACACUGACUGUCCCCAAACAGAUAUAAAGUAUCCACUUAUAAAUCUUACUGUACCAUCCCAAGAUUCUGAACAAGUAAGUGUUGGCUAAAAUUCCUUCCCUUCAAUUUUCCAUUGCUCACUUUGUGGAGCUAACCAGCUUAUAGGAAACACAAGAGUCAGCUCUAAGCCGACUCUUUAUACACUCCAUAUUUGACUAUACCCUAAAGGCUGAGAAGCAAUACACAUUUACUGACAGUGAACUGUUCCCCCAUGGAAAGAAGCAGAAGGCAUUUUUGUGGUUCCCACUAGUCUGAAAUUGGCUGGUUCCCAACCUCUCUGGGCCUUAUUUUCCUCACCCCAAAAAUGAAGGGUAUGGAAGUUGGGAUUGUGAUUUCCUUGAAAAGGAGAGGGAGGGGAAGGGAUGAGAGGGGAUGGGGAGGGGAGGGGAGAGGAGGGGGUGGUCAGAUCAUAGAGGAACAUAUGAGGGUGUUCAAGUGUUUGUUAAUGUUUUAUUUCUUAAGUUGGGUGGUAGGUACGUGAGUUUUGCUACUUUAUUUUUAAUGCAUUUCAGUAUGCCCAAAAUACUUCAUAGAAGUUCAUUAAUAACAGGGUCAGAGUGAAGUCCCACAUUCUUUGCUCUCACAGAGGAUGCCAACAGCUCAUCAUCACCCAAGAAGCUGCCUUAUUGCCAAUACAGAAUUCUGUUCUUCUUGCUCGUAUGACCUGCCUUAGCUCCACAUACCCUUUGGAGGGAAAUGGAGAGAUGGGAAGUCCUCUCCUCAGUGCCCCACCUGGAAGUCCAGGGCACCGCACCUCAGCCCAGGCCUUAGCCCAGCAGCAUCAGCCUCUGACCAGCACACGCCAAAUGUCGUCCCACCGCUGAAUCAGGAGUUGGCCUGCCUCUCCCUCACAGGACCUUUUCCUUCAACAUUUUGGAAACUUGCUUCAGACAUUUAAGAAGCCUGUGCCAUUUGGAUUCAAGUUUAAAAAAUGAAAUCAUUAAUGCUAGAAAUUCUAAAAUUCCUUCCAAAUGAAGUAAGAUAUCUCACAGAAGGUAGUUAGUAGGGCAACUAGUUAAAAAUUCACUGUAUUUUACUUUUGCCAGUCUUAUAAAAAAUUAUCAGAACAUUCCCUUGUAUAGCCUCACGAAGGGCGUUUAUGAGAAAGAAAUGGAGCUUUUCCCAAGUUCACGUGUCCCACGGGCCCAACUGCUGGUCUCUCCUCACGGCCACAGCCCGAGAGCAAAGUACAAACUCUGGCAGCCAGAGUCAUGGCAGGCAAGCAUUUAGAAAGUUUCUGCCCCUCUUUGACCAUGUGUUGGUUGAAAGGUGUGCUGCAGAAACUGUAACCAAAGGAGGCAUUAUGCUUCCAGGAAAAUCUCAAGGAAAAGUACUGCAAGCAACUGUAGUAGCUGUUGGAUGGGGCUCCAAAGGAAGGGGUGGGGAGAUUCAACCAGUUAGCGUGCAAGUUGAAGAUAAAGUUCUUCCAGAAUAUGGAGGAACCAAAGUAGUUCUAGAGGACAAGGAUUAUUUCUUAUUUAGAGAUGGUGACAUUCUUGGAAAGUUUAUAGACUGAAAUAAACCACUAUUGAAAUGGCAUCAUGGGACGCAGCCCAUUCCACUGAAGUACUGAAGUCUUUCGUCACGUAAAUAAUUUUCAUGUGUCUUCUAUGAUAAACUAAUGAUAUCCAAAGUAAUGACAUGCAGUGUCUUUUAAAAUUUAGUUUCACUGUACUGAUAUAAAAAUUUCCAAAUAAAAAUAUAUAAAUAAA